AUGAAUAGAUUUAAAUGGAAUAAAAGAGAUGAGAUAANUACUUCAAUAGAUGGAAAAAAAUGUUAAAAAAAAUAAAUUCCAAGUUGUUCCUUAUAUGAUGAAUCAAUCUGUAAUGACUCAUAUGGUUUUGAAGGAGAAUGUGGAUUUUUUGAAAGCAAAUGUUAAGUUAUAAAAUAAUGCAGUGAUAUUGACUUAAUAAAAGAGGAAUUCUAAUUUAUGAAAUGUAGUAUUCAAAAUAGUCAUUCUUGUCAAAUAACAUCUAGUUAAAAAUGUGUCUAAAAGAAAUGUUAAGAUCUCCCAGAUAAAAGUAGAUGUAAAUCUGUUUAUGAAUAUGAUACUUUUGAUAAUCCUUAAAAAGUUUAAUUAUGUAAAUGGGAAGAUGGUGUUUGUGAUGAUGCUCUACCCAAAGAUUUAGAUGAAUUCACCUGUUUCACUAAUACCAAAUUUUCUUAUUAAUGGAACCCUGAAAUAAAGUCUUGUUAAAAGUGUGAUUAACCAUAACCUGAUCCACCUUCUCCAAAUAAUUUUGGAUUUAUAAUGAAGGUUGCUAUAAUGAUAUAUUUAAUUUCUUAUUGA